GAAUUGCUUGCAACAGGAAUUAAGAGUUGCUGGGACAUGGUGUAUUAUUUGCAACGUCUGCAGAUUGCAAACUCGAUAAUGUGUGCGGUCAACACGCAUCUGCAUUUCAGGCGGGUGUCGUGUUGCAAUAGGGGUAAUGGGCACAUUUCCGUGUCAGCAGAGCGCACGGGUCGCGACGUCUGCACACUGACCGCCGCCGCCGCCGCCGCCGAGCCGAGCCCCUGGAGCCACCACACCUCGCUCGCACAGCCUCGCGAUACUUGCGUGCGAGCUUUAAAAUGGCUACAGUGUAGCCGGGCAGUGUGGCGAACGUCAUCCGGGGGCCGCGCCGCGCCGACCCGACCCGGCCCGGUGGGAGGCGGCGAGACCGGGGGCCGCCACGGGAGAGUGUAUAAGUGUUGUGCACGUGACUGCAAGCAAUCGUUCUCAACCAUGCACCUCCUGAUGAAUCAUAUGAGGGUACAUCAUAAACCCAACCGAUAUUUCAAAUGUGUGACGUGUAAAGGACGAUUUCAUAAACCUCAGUCUUUUUACAAACAUCAGCAUGUGUGCUGUAGUGAAGCGAAUAACGUGGCGGAGAAGCAGUGUCCCAGCCCUUUGUCUGCAAGUGAGCCCGAUGUACGGGUUAAACGAGCAGCCCCAGUGGAGCCGGUGAAAUUUCAAAGUGUUAUUAGGCAGCUGGAAAAGGACGGCAAUGAGGACAUUGUUAGUACUGCCACCAGUUCAAAGCCAGUCACCCUACUCCCAAGUACCUUACCAAGUCUGCACACUUCAUUAAACACAAUGCCAUUAGUUUCUGCAACGCCACAUGCAUUUUCACUGCUGGAGCCAUCACUCUUUGCCACACCCAGCCUAAGGUUUCCUAGCCAGGGGCAUGCUGCAGUGCCUGCCCCCUUCAUUCCAUACAUACACCCGACACCUUUUGGCCUCCCUCAAAGUGCCACGCAGCCACGUCUUGGAUCGUACGUUCCUUCCGAAAGCCUGCCAUUCUCCAGUGCGGUCUGGAGGAAGACUACCGCUCAGUCAGCCAAUAGCAGAAUUGAAUGGGAUCACACCAGGGGUCGAUAUAACUGUAUGCAGUGCCCAUACUCCAGUGAGGCACGGGAAGAAAUGAUCCUGCACAUUCAAGAUCAUAACAAGGUCCUCAGCAGCAGAUUAGUGAAUGAAAAGGGCAUGUUCAUAAAUCCUGGUGACAACUACAGUGCAUUGUCAAUGCAGUUCAGUGAGUCUUUGUUAACUUAAGUUUCCCUGGACCAUGGCCUGUAUGUAGAAAGGAAGAUACCAAUUUCUCAUGCUUCAGAGUUGAAAGUUCAGCUGUGUGCUUUAUGAUUAUUAGCGAAUUUGGGGCCCAGUGGUUUUACUUUUCCUUCCCCCCCCCUUUUUUUUUUUGCAAGUAUAAAGGCAGGCUUGCACAAAAGAAACAAUUAUUUAUAGUUACCAUGACGAUAUGAUGCUCUGGUUCCAAAAUCAACUGUAUUUUUGUUUGUGCGUUUUUUUUCCCUUCUGAAGUUGACUCGUUACUGUAUGAUUUGCAUGGUGCCCUCUGUGGCAGUUCCUUGUAGCCAGGCCCUGUUAUUGUAGCCAUAACCCAGAAAGUCAUUGGGUUGAUUUUUAUGGCAUUUGUCUUAAUAAUAGCCUCACAUAGUACCGGUUUGUUUCUCCCCCUUGCUUAAUCAGAAGUCCACUUUUGUUUCAGUUGCCUUUGGAUAGUUAAACAUUUUCUUGACCAAGAACUUGUUUGCUGUAGUUCUGGAACUCAUCCACAACCUAACGGCCCUUUACUAGAUUAACAAACACUAUACAGACCCUAGUCCAAAAAUGGCUGUGCAAUAUCUCCAGGCUGUCAGACUUGCUAUUUGCACUCCUGUUAUGAUGUGAACUGUCAAACUAAAGUAUUUCCUGCAAGUUCCUUCAGAGUUGUGCUAAUUUAAUACUGGAAGGUACUAGUAUCACCAUUAAUAAAACGAAUUGCCAAUAAAUAACUACAGUGUGAAGCCCCUCUCGGGAGAGUUUCAUACUUCCAGUAUGGAAUUUCCAUUGUUUUUGUGACUGAGUGUUUUAAUGCUAUUUUUGGCUGUUUCAUAUACAAGUUUGGCACCAAAUAUUGUCAAAAGUUUUCUCUUUGUUGUUUUCUUAAAAACUUUCAAAACAGAUGAUGUGAUGUAUGUCCCAGCACUAUAAAUCUUUUCCUUCAAUUGCA